AUGAAAAAACAUAAAACCCCAUGUAAAAAGUUUUAUCGCCAAAGGGCACACUGCAAUCCACUUUCAGACAGUUAUAUAAAAUAUCCUCUAAACGAUAAAUAUGUGGAUUGGGGAAUUCACUACCCAUCCUAUUUCGGGGCCGAAGAAAACACAGAAAAAACAUCCAAUGUAGAAAACAAAGACACCCCAGAUAGUAAUGAAAAUAAAGCUGAACAAGAUACACUAUAUUUAAACACAAAUAAAUAUCCAAUAUGCUAUGAAAAUAAAAUACAAGUUAAGCCAAAUAAUUUUGAAGUAAACUUUUUAGAUAUAGGGUGUGGUUAUGGCGGAUUACUUUUUGAAUUAAGUAAAGUCUUUGAUAAUAAACUAAUAUUAGGUUUAGAAAUACGAGAUAAAUUAACUAAUUAUGUUGGAGAAAAAAUUAAUACUUAUAGAAAAAAUGACUACCCCAAUUAUAAUAAUAUAGCAGUUAUAAGAACAAAUGCAAUGAAAUUUUUACCUAACUAUAUUAAAAAAAAUCAAAUUGAAAAAAUGUUUUUUUGUUUUCCUGAUCCACAUUUUAAAAAACCAAAUUGGAGAAGAAGAAUAGUAACUAUAGAAAGUUUAUCAUUAUAUUAUCAUUUGCUACAAAAAAAUGGAUUAAUAUAUUUUAUAACAGAUGUUUUUACCUUAUAUUUAUGGGUUAAAUUUUGUUUUAAUAGAUAUCAAAAAUUUAAAAUACUUUCUGAAGAAGAAUAUAAAAAUGAUAUCUGUAUAAAAUUGAUACAUGAAACAUCCGAAGAAUCAAAGCGGGUUAAAUCACAAAAUAAAAAUAUGUAUUUUUGUGUCGCACAAAAAAUUUAA